AUGCAGUUCUCACGCUUUAUUCCUCGCUCGUCUCCUGGCCUGCCUCCAUAUGGCGCCCACGAUCCUCCCAUGAUGCAGAACCCCGCGCCGACUACAGCUCCCCCGGGGGCAAUCACGCCUUAUCUCGGGUUCAAAGCCCGACUGUCGCAAAUAUGGAUCAACAAGUGGACUAUAUUAUUGCUUCUUGUCCUCGCUCGAGUUCUGAUCGCUGUCACUGGAUUGAAUGACAACAUGGCAUCCGCAAAACGUGAAGCCCUCUCUGCCUGUACCAGCGUCGAAUCGAUGGGAAGCGCGAUGGCAUCGAUGCCGCAUUAUAUGUCCAAGGGAGUUAACGAACUUACUGCGUCUGGUGUUGAGAGAGCAGUCAAUGGACUUAUGUCCAUGUUGCUUUUGACCGUUACGGGAGUGGAAGAGGUGGUUGUUUUCUUUGUUAACGUAUUGACGCAAACAUAUCUCUGUCUUAUUACGCUUGCAGUUUCCGGCAGUCUGCAUGUCGCCCUGAAAGUUGUUGAGGACGCUGCUGAUUUUCUCAACAAGACUUUGGCAGACGUGACCGAGGGUAUCGAAAAGGGAGUCGAUGGUUUCGAAGAUAAGAUUAAUGACUUCCUUAAGGGCAUCAACAGUAUUACCAGUGCGUUUGGCGGGGAGAAAGACCCCCCAAAGCUCGAUAUUGGCGGAGAUCUUGAUAAGUUGAAAGAAAUUCGUUUGCCUUCCUCCUUGGAUGAAGGUCUCAAGAAGAUCAACGAUUCGAUCCCGACAUUCGAUGAAGUUAAUAAAUUCGCAAACGAUGCUAUUCGAUAUCCUUUUAAAGAGGUUAAAAAAUUAAUCAACCAGUCACUGGAAGAAUAUAAGUUUGACCGCUCAGUAUUUCCUGUUCCGCAAAAAGAGAAACUGAGUUUCUGCGGCGACAACGAUGGAAUCAACUCUUUCUUCGGCAAAAUCGGGUCCAUUAUCUCAACAGCAAAGAAAAUCUUUAUUGCUGUCUUGAUUGCCGGUGCUGUCGCUGCGUGCGUCCCGAUGGCCCUCUUGGAAAUUCGAAGAUGGCGUCAUAUGAAAGAACGGGCGUCACUUGUGCAAAAGAAUGACCACGAUCCUAUGGAUGUGGUAUACAUUGUUUCUAGGCCAUAUACCUCUACUGCUGGGUUGAAGAUCGCCAGUUGGUUCAAGCCGGGCCGGAGACAAGUACUCGUUCGUUGGAUUGUUGCCUAUGCGACAACAACUCCAGCUCUGUUUUUACUCGCACUCGGGAUCGCAGGACUGUUUUCCUGUGCUUGCCAGGCUAUUCUCCUUCAUGCUGUCAAGAAAGAGGUCCCUGGGUUAACAAACGAGGUCAGCCAGUUUGCCGACAAGGUAGUCAUGAGCCUCAACAAUGCCUCUGAGCAAUGGGCAAUCAGUACCAACCGUGUUAUCGCCGAUACAAAUGACGACAUCAACCAGAAAGUGUUUGGCUGGGUAAAUACCUCUACCACUUCCAUCAACGACACCUUAAAUGUCUUCGUUGAUAAAACUAGUGAUGUCCUCAACGACACAUUUGGAGGGACGAUCCUACAUGGCCCAAUAAAAGAUGUCCUAUACUGCCUCAUCGGUCUCAAGAUUCAAGGUAUACAAAAAGCACUAACAUGGGUCUAUGACCACGCCCAUGUUGACUUCCCUAACAUGCCAAACGAUACAUUCUCUCUCGGAGCCGUCGAGUCCAUCGCGAACGACAACAAAUCAGAUCCCGAAAGCUUCCUCGCAAGCCCGGGCGACAAAACGGCCGACGCAAUCACCCACGUUGUCGUUCGUGUCACCGAAGCCAUUGAAAACGCAAUUCGCACCGAGGCUUUGAUAUCCACUUUCCUAAUCGCCCUUUGGUUUGCGAUUCUCCUCAUCGCCGUCCUGCGUGCUCUCACUCUCGCUUUUCGCCGGGACAAACCCCGUGGUGAAGGCGGAAUCGAUGCAACAUACCACCCACCUGCACCACGCGCCGCGCAUGCCGUAGGGUCUAUGGAGAUGUCAGAUUUCUACAAUGUUCCUCUUACAGGAGUCCCAAAUGCGAACGGUGACGGCGGCUUAGCGCCUAAAUAUAGCACGACUCCACACGUUCGUGGAGGAUCUCGUGGCUCUGAUACGGAUGAGGAGGAGUACCAAGCGCAGAAAUUGGGGUAUGCAGGGCAAAGAGACUACGAAGCUGCGUUGAAUAGAGAAAUGUGCAGGGAGAGUAGUUGCGGGCAAGUUAUGUAUGGGAGUGAGAAGCGGUAG